UCAUAGCUGGAGUUAAUGCCAUAAGAACAAAUGAUAAAGCUGCUUAUACUAAUCCACUCUGGUGGGGUGUUGUUGAUCUGAGAGAGGAGAAAGUAGCAACAUCUCCAGAUCUUCCUCGUGCAAAACAUUUCCUUUCAGAAAUUGAAGUAAAUCAGCUUCGACAACUGGCUACUGAUAUUGUCAAAGAAGAAUUCUGCAUCAACUCAUCAGCUGUGAUACUUCUGGAUGCACUUUUGGCAUCACAAACAAUUGGUCUCAAGACCUUGGCCAAAGAAAAUGGAGCUCAUGGGGUUGCAGGAAAGGAACAUGUAUCAAAGGACUUUGAUGCAUAUGAUGAUGAUACAAUAUAUAUUGGAAAGGAUGAAUGGGUUUGCUGUUAUAAUGGCACAUCUGAUUCAGAACGGACAGUGGACAUGCACUUUGUGGGACCAUUCUCAAAAACACCUGACACUAUGUUUUUAUAUGGAGAAAAUCAAUCAGAGGCUGAUAGAGAGGAGAAAUCAGCAUGUGUCAAUUCAGCAUGCACUGGGAAGCUAUGCGACUAUUUAUUUUUGGUAACAGCUGUUCAAUCUUUUACAUUGCAUGGAAAAAUUGGGAUUGGUGAAAAUAGUGGUCCUAAAAAAAAAGAUCAUCAUGACAAGUCCAAAUCUAAUUUUGUUGAUCUAAUAAAAGUGUCCCGUUCACAACAUAUCAAAUCUCAAACAUCAUGCAUUGAAAUAAGUGGUUUAAAUGGUGACAUUUAUGCAAUAUGGGAAUGGUCAUCAGAAAGUUUUCCAAAAAAAGAUUUGGAUGUUGAAAAUGUUAGCUUCUUGUGCAAAAGCUUUUUGACAUAUAGGAUUGCUACCAAAAAAGCCAGAAGCUUUAGAGAAUUAAUGCCAGAUCUGACAAACAUAGAUACCAUUAGGUUACCACGAGCUUCAAUAGUACCUGUCAAGACACCAAUGAAGAGAG